GAACCUUUUUAUAGUUUGUUUUUUAUCCGAGCGGAGAAGAGUGAGCGGGGAUGGAUGCUGCUGAAAGUACCGAGAGAAGCGAGGCGCUGAGCCGGCUGGCGAGGAGCAGCCACACGGCGUUCAUAGACGACAACACGAUGUACGUGUGGGGAGGAUACCAGGUUAUUGCAGGAGAGGACGUCAUGCUGCCGAGCGAUGAGAUAUGGCUCUGUAAUUUAAACAGCGGCGCGUGGGAGCGGAGGGAGAUCACCGGAGACAAACCUUCAAACUUAUCGGGCUUCUGCGGCUCUCAUCUUAACGGCAUACUCUACAUCUUCGGAGGAUGUGACCCCAACGGAUACACAAACCAGAUGUACACCCUUAACCUCGCAGAGCAGCAGUUGAAGUGGAGGAAACUGACCGACACCUUAGGAACGACGCCCUCGCCCAGGAACAAACACUCCUGCUGGAUCCACAGAGACAGAUUAAUCUACUUUGGAGGAUAUGGAUGUAAGACUAUAGGGGAGGUACAAAACACACCAUCGACAAACUUCAUCGUGGAGGAGAUGUCCUGGACAACAAUUGGAAACACGUUGUUCAGGUGUUGGGGCUGGAACAAUGAAGUCAACGUUUUUGACACACACACCGCAACGUGGAGCAUACCAGAGACAAAGGGUCCUGUUCCUGUCCCCAGAGGCUGCCAUGCCAGUGCCUUAGUGGGGAACAAGGGUUACAUCUGUGGCGGUGUGGAGAAGUUGGAGUUGGACAUGUUCAGCUUGGACCUGGAGACCUGGACCUGGACUCAAUUUGACCUCCCACCAUCCUGUUUACCUAUGGGUCGCCUUAUGCACACCAUGACGCCCGUGUCGGAUCACACGCUCUUCGUAUACGGAGGUCUUGGCACGGAUGGAAACACUCUUAAUGACGCUUGGCAGUUUAACACGCAGAAGAGAGAGUGGACCAAGUUGUUACACCAACACAAGGACAAGCCCAGGGUUUGUCACACAGCGUGCCUGGGGAGGGACAAUGAUGUGGUUUUGUUCGGGGGAAGCAGCAACAUGUGCAUCCUUGUAGACUCGAUCGCUGUUCUGAGGUCGCCAUCGCAAAAUCACUGCAAAGACGUGAUCGUCUUCCAGACUCAGCCAUACUCCCUCUUCAGAUUGUGUGAGGACUUCAUGGGGAAAAACCCGGAGCGGUUUGUGAAGCAGCUGAACUGGCUGCCGUCAAAGCUGCGCAGCAAAGUGGAGAAGCGAGUUGCCUUCUUCUCGGCGACCCCUCCUGUUCUCACAGCCUGAAGGGGGACACGUCUCUCUCUUUUAGAUUCUUCUGAGCCGGUCAAAUAUCACUGAACUGUUUUCAUUCUUUGUGUUGGGAAAUCUGUGUUUUUGUGUCUAAUGGUUUAAGAAAAAAAAAGGUGCUAAUGUUGAAUUAUUUUAACUUAAAAAUUAUCUGUAAAUAAAGUUAUGUGUUUUUUUUGCCUUAUUUUUAACGACUAGUUUAGAUUAAGGAAUAUUUUACUCUUCAUAGUUAUUUGAUCAUGUGCAAUCUGUUCUUGAAUAAAGGUGUUGAUAUUUUG